UGUUUUUAACAAAAUCCAACUUUUUCUUUUUCUCUCAACAAAUAUCUACAAAUAUCUUUGCAGUUCAUGAUACUCUUGCAUACUUUCUCCCUCAACUUUUCUUGUUGAAUAUAACAGAACACAGUAGAGAGUUUUGUUUGGAUCUGAAACUGUGGAUUUGCAAAGCAUGGAAAACAUUUCAAGGCUGGGUAAAGAGGAGGAAGAAGAAGAAAUGGAAUUGCCUCCCGGGUUUCGAUUCCAUCCGACAGACGAAGAGCUUAUAUCAGAAUACUUGUUCCAAAAAGUACUUGAUAGGUGUUUCUCUUGUAGAGCUAUUGGUGAGGUUGAUUUGAACAAGUGUGAGCCUUGGGAGUUACCCUGGAUGGCUAAAAUGGGUGAGAAAGAGUGGUAUUUUUUCUGUGUGAGAGACAGAAAGUACCCAACAGGGUUGAGAACAAACAGAGCCACUGAUGCUGGUUAUUGGAAGGCUACGGGGAAAGAUCGAGAGAUUUAUAAGGCUAAAACACUUGUUGGGAUGAAGAAAACUCUUGUUUUCUACAAAGGAAGAGCACCAAAAGGUGAAAAAACCAACUGGGUUAUGCAUGAAUACAGAUUAGAAGGCAAAUACUCAGCCUACAAUCUCCCCAAAACAGCCAGGAAUGAUUGGGUUAUUUGCAGGGUGUUUCAAAAGAGUUCUGGUGGAAAGAAAACACAUAUUUCUGGACUGACGAGGCUGAGCUCCGGCGGCAACGAAUUCCACCGGUCGUCGGUGUUGCCUCCACUGACAGAUUCAUCGCCAAACAGAAGUGAUAACAGAACCACAAACACCAUAGUCGAUACGCCUCACCCUCACGUGACCUGCUUCUCCAACGCAAUAUUGGAGGACCAGAAAUCCCAAGUGGACAUGGCUAAUACUAACAGCUUUAAUACCUCCCCUGAAUCGACACUAUUCACAAAAUCCUCUCUUCCAACAUCUUCUUUAUUUUCCUCUCAAUUUGCACCAAGUCUGGGGAAUCUGCAGUACCCAGAUAAUGCUCUGAUGCCUGAACAGUCUAUACUGAGGUUUUUGUUUGAAAACAAUUAUGCAAACAUGACACAGAACUCAAAAGAAUUCUCACAGGGUACCGAUAUCUCUUCGGUUGUAUCGAAUCAUGAUUUGGUUGAUGAUCCAUCAUGUUCAGGUGGACCAGUUGACCUUGAUUGUCUCUGGAAUUAUUGAGGGUUGCAGUUGCAGUUAAAGAACACAGAAGAAGAAGAAGAAGUAUAAUUUUUGGAAUUGUUGAUUACUGUCAUGAAAAUUGUUCCAUAUGUGUGUGUAGAUUCCCAGCAUCCAAACAACAAGAAGUGAUUGUAUAUGUUUGUAGUAGAAAAUCUUGAGCUCCAUAUAGCAGGGGUUUUUUUUUUCUUCUUAUUUAAUCCAGAUUGCACUCUCUCAUACUGUCUAAUUACUUGUAUAUAAAAAUCAAGUUUUAAUUUAGUAUAUUUGAUGGGAAUCCAGAGACUGAAUUAUAAUUUUUAUU